GGCCAAAGAUGGUGAGAGCCUUUCCAUUCGCACUCUCGCUCUCUCUCUCUCAUACCAUACCAUCACAAUCAUCACCACCAUCGCCAAACCCACCACUAUCAUCGCUAUCAUUAUCACAACAAUCGUCAAAAUGGACCUGAUAUCGUGUUGAAUGAUUUUAGGGGGCGUUGACUUGACUGAAUCUCGAUUUGUUUACGAUUAGAACCCAUUUUCUAUCCCUACCUUCCUAUACUCGGUACCCUACGACACACCACUACUAUGACCGCCACCCUCGAACGAAGUUUGUCUCGUACUUCGAGCAUGUCCAUGCCUAUCUCUAGCCCUAGACUUUCUCUCCUACAUGAGACUACACCACCUAGCUUAUCCGACCCUGCCCUUUCUCACAUUCACGACCGUUUAACCCUACUUGAUUCGCGUGUCCUGGAAUUACGCUCGACAGUUCUGACAAAGGACGGCUAUAUUGACCGGCGAAACCGGGAAGAUGAACACAUUCGUCGGGAGUUCGAGGCCCAUCGCUCCAUCUCCAAUCGGAUCGAUCUAAACGUGGUCGCAUUGAGGACGGAUGUGGAUCAGCUGAAGUCGGGAGUGUUCCAGCUAAAAUCGAGCAUUGGCCAGACUGGCAAUGAGACCGUCUUCUUACGCAGCGAUGUUGAUCGUUUGUCGAAGAAUAUCGAACAGAUCCAGUCGGAUAUCGAACAGGUUCAGACGGAUGUGUGUGGAUGUCGUGUGGAGAUCAGCAAACUACACGCGACCAUCAGCCAGCUUCGUACCGAUCUGAUCACUCUUCAGCAUGAAACGUCACGGCAUUUGAAUUCUGUCUUUGACCGGUUUUCCCUGAUCGAAUCCCGAAUGAAGCAUUCGGAACGCGUCCGUUUCAACUCGUUGGCCCACACCACUCAUGCUCCAAUCACACCGGUACCCGUUGUGGAAGACGACGGCACGCUUCAGUGGCCAGAAUACUUCCCUCGUACGGUUUGGCGCUUCUGGUGCCUUAAGAAGCGCAGUCGAAUCAACCGGUUGGUUCAGUUGGCGGAUUUCUAUCAACUUGGAGGCUAUCAAUAUUGGGGUCGAAUGCACCAGACGGAGAUUGCGUUUGCCAGCGAUGGUGACUCUAGCGAUUCCAGUGACUACCCAUCGAAUUUGACGCGGGCCGAAGCAGUCCGCUUGUACCCUGAAGCUGCACAUCAGGCACUGGCUGCCACCUUGGGGUUGGUUUAUUAUAAGAUCAGGAACGAGGUUGGAGAAGGGCCGAAUACUCAUAUUACUCGUCCUCCCAAGCGGCAACAGGAGGAUGUGCCGUCGGUGUCAUCCGGCUCCAAGCCGAAACCGGUGAAAAUGGCUCGCCGUCCCAACAACUUGUCGCCUACCGCCCUGCACCGAUUAAUUACUGGACCAUCGCUGGAGUCGAAGUCGAUGGCAUCGGAUGAGUCGGACAAGCUUGGAUGGAAUGCACAUUCAGAAGUGUCUGAUGAGGCCAUGAGCAAGCUGCGCGGGCUCGUCUCUGAGGAAGUCGGCACAAUACUUCGAGCUCUGGAACGUGGGCGGAUUAGGUUGAAGCCAGGUCGGAAUGAGCGUCAGAACCUGUCCCCCACCGAAUCCAAGACCGGUGCCCGCAAUGGCCGGUACGGUGCCGAUGGAGCACAGGAUGACGACGCGAGGACCAUACCGAACACGGUCCCCACGGAGAUUUUGUCGUUCUCAGACAAGACCGAGGAACACGAGCUAGAACUCCCGGAAACCGAGUCUGAUGCGACUAGUCCAUUGUGAUAUUAUCAUGAGAUGGCUUAGAAGACAUCGUGAUAGCAUUCUAACAGGUAUUGUUAUUGACAGUUUGUUCUCUACACAUCUUAUUAAAGACGUGUAACAAGCGAUCACGGCACUCCACAGAUUGCUAUCCUAGACAGAGUAUGAUUGACUCGACUGGGAUAGUGCUCUCAAAAGCGCCCAUGUUCGCUAGAAGCGUUCUCCAUGUGCAGGUCGACUGGAUAGGGCACACCAGACGCCCGUGUUGUCUCUUGCGACUGAGAGUUAGCUGCAUUCCAUUUUUUGGGUACGCUAGGAUACGGCAAGCUUUAUGAGUUACACAACUUGCGAGGCUUGCCGCAUCCCAGCAUUGAACGAAUAGAGUACCUUAGCAGUUUGGUGGCCUACCAAGUCCUGCUCAAGGUGACACAAUACUUCCCUUAACACAGACGGCUGCGUCUUGAGUCCAGUGGCUCGUAAUCCAUGAUUCGCAUUGGUUGGCAUGAUAAGGCGCCCUGGAUGGAUAUGUAUACAAGAUACCCUUUUGAUGGAUUUUUGAAGAAUUUUUUUUCUUUUUUUUUUUUUUUUCUGUUCUGGGAUUUAGCGUUAGAUACCUUACAUUUGGC